AUGGCGUCAGGACAGGAGGUAGCUCUCAAGAAACAGCAAGACCUCCAAUCGCAGUACACGAACUACAAAAACACCCUCCAGUCGCUUGCGCAGAAGGUAGGCGAGAUUGAACAAGAGAUAGAGGAACACAAACUCGUCAUGGAAACACUUGAACCACUCCCUCAGAAUCGCAAAUGCUUCCGAUUAAUAAACGGAGUACUCGUCGAGAGGACUGUCAAAGACGUUCUGCCCGCCCUCAAGACCAAUUCAGACGGGCUGAAGCAGGUCUUAGAAGAACUCCUCAAACAAUACAAGAGUAAGCAGGAUGAGAUGGACAGAUGGAAGGCGAGUUUGUGA